GCCGUGCCGUAACGGCGCGCGCGCGGUGCGGGCUGGCCGGUGGCUGCGCUCGGGGCGGCGGUUAACGGGCCGCCGGGCGCGCGCCCGCCCGCCGCGCGGCAGGGGAGGGGAGGAGGAGAAAAAGGAGGAAGAAAAUAGUAAGAGCGGCCCGGUCGCGUCCCCGUCCCUCAGGGUAGGUCGGCUGGCGGCCCCCCCCCCCCCCGCCCCGCCGCGAUGAUGGCGGCCGACCUGGAGUCCUCGCUGGAGCUGAGCCUGACGGGCAGCGGCGCGCUCCCCGGCGGGCUGCCCCCCGCGCGCUCCCGCAUCUUCAAGAUCAUCGUCAUCGGGGACUCCAACGUGGGGAAGACGUGCCUCACCUACCGCUUCUGCGCCGGCCGCUUCCCCCAGCGCACCGAGGCCACCAUCGGGGUGGACUUCCGCGAGCGGGCCGUCACCAUCGACGGCGAGCGCAUCAAGAUCCAGCUAUGGGAUACGGCAGGCCAGGAGCGCUUCAGGAAGAGCAUGGUGCAGCACUAUUACAGGAAUGUACAUGCUGUUGUGUUUGUGUAUGAUAUGACAAACAUUGCCAGUUUUCACAGUCUGCCGUCCUGGAUAGAGGAAUGCAAACAACACCUUCUUGCCAGUGACAUACCACGGAUUCUUGUUGGAAAUAAAUGUGACCUGAGAAGUGCUAUUCAGGUACCUACGGACUUGGCCCAGAAGUUUGCUGAUACUCACAGUAUGCCAUUAUUUGAAACCUCUGCCAAAAACCCCAAUGACAAUGACCAUGUGGAGGCCAUAUUUAUGACACUGGCUCACAAGCUUAAGAGUCACAAGCCAUUAAUGCUUAGUCAACCCCCAGAUCGUGAUGAGAUACAUAUAAAGCCUGAACCAAAACCUGCCAUGACCUGCUGGUGUUAAAUCAUACUCUUACCAGGUAUCACCUUGUCUUGUUUGCAGAUACUUCAAAAUUAUGAUCUUGGCAAAGUUCCAGGUUCUGGUAGCAAUUAUGGCGAAUCUCUGUGGCACUUUAAUGUGUUUUCUCUCCUGGUGUAGAUGUGCCCAUCUCAUGUUCUUGCACUUUGUAAUUGUACUUUCUGAAAUACUGAAGUUUCACUAUAAAUGUAUGGGAAAGUAGACUUUCAAGUGUAGUUUUGACAAAGCAAUUCCACUUGAGCUCUUGCUGCCUGAGAUUGUUUUCAUCACUUGUGGUAGGGUUAUAAAUAGUAAGCCAGUUUACUCACAUUUUUUGUUGCUACUUGCAUUGGAAUAAUGUAGGAGAAAAAGUGUUUUGUGACAGCCAGAUCGUUUGAUUUUUGGGUCAGCAAGUGGGGAGAUUUUUGGCAUGUGAAGGAAUAUUUGGGGACUGCUAGAAAAUUGCUAAGCAAGUACCUUUUUAUUUUAAAAACAAGAGCCAACACUGUCAGAUAAAGUUUCGGCUGUCAGUGUAGGUGCAAACUGCUAGCUUUUGGCCUGUCAUUCCACUGUAAACUUGGUCAGUGUCUUCAUGGCAAUGAUAAGAGAGUUGAUAAACUUGUCCCUACCUCUAGACAAUUAUUUGAUACUUAAAGCUUCAUUAAUUUUUCAUAAUUAGCAUGGAAAACUAAACUGUACAUUCCUUCUUAUGGAUAGUACUUGUAGCACAGAAUAUGGGGUAAAUUUGGACUAUAACUGCCCAUGACUUCUCUGACCUUACUAAAACUUCAACAGGGAUUUAUAUCAAAGGACACUGUAUUUGAAUUGAGUGUCCCAGGGUACUUAACUAAAUAAAAGAUAGAGUGGAGUUGGCAAAAGCAUACUGGUUCUCAAAGACUGGAGUUUCAGAGGAUUUUAGUGAUGAUGAAUGCUUUUCAAAUACCUUGAAAAAGCUUUUUACAACCAACUUCAUAACAUAUUUUAGGGAUGGAAAUGCUUCAGACAGAAUGUUAGGAAUAUGGGGUUUCCGUAAAAUACUUCUGAAUACAAAAUAAAUUGGGUCUUGAAAUAUGGAGAAAGCCUGCCAAAUACAUCAUCUCUUACAGGUUUUUGAGCUAAAACCUGCUUGUGUAAUGUCAUGGCUGUAUGUGGGGCAUCCUUGGCAUUACUAAUGUGAGUUAGUAAUGUGUUGGGUCAGAUGAGGGAAAUUACUCCUCUAGAACCAUCUUCUUCUGUGUUCUUAUAAUUGCAACUGUUUUAUUUCAGUGCUGUCUGAAGGUCUAGUUUCGUAAUAAAAAUGGUGCUAGGUUGCAUGUAAUGGCCUAAAGCGAAAUGUAAGCCAUAGAGUGCAACCUAUGACUUCAUUCAUUUGCCAUAUCAAACAAUGUUUUGGGACUCAGUUUUUAAAGGAAUUGAAGUAAAAAUUAAGAUUUUUUUUUUUUGAUUUGCAAUGUGUAGUAUGUGAUACUGACUGGAAACUAAACAGAAUGACCAGUUCAGAAGCUGUCACCCUAGUGAUUGCCUUAGAAUCAUAUUACUGAAACAAGAUAACUAAUAUUAUUUAAACUAUUACAGUUAAUAAGAUGUAAUUCUAUUGCAAGUUAUACUGACAAAAUAAAAAUGCAUUGACUUUUUUCUAGAUUUAGAAAAAGCAUUCAAUUUGGUCUAAUACGAUUAAGAUGUUUAAAAGGAAUCUAAGCAAAAGGUAAUAUUUUCUUCCUAUAUAAAGCUGCUAUGACUGUGACAGUAAUUUUGUUUAGGAAACAUUUGUAAAAGGGAACUUUUGUAUUCACUCUGAACUUUACAUGACUAGAAUUUGGUUUACAGUGCUUUCAGAAACAAUCAGCUUUUUAACACUAGUGUCCUUAAUGAUUUUUUUUUAAGAAAAGGAUUGACCUUAAAUUUAUGUGUAUACUAUUGUAAAUAAGAAUGGUUUACAGUCCUCUUGGACAAUGUUUUUCACUCAUGCCCUUAAUCUUUUUUCUCAAAAGGAUCCAUCUUAACUAUUUGUACAAUAAGUGUGUCAGCAACCGUUCUUUUUUUUUCUUUUUUUUUUUCUUUUUUUUUUUUUUUUAAUAAGAAAAAGAAUAUAGAAUUCCAAAGUUGGUCAGUCAGGUUGGGGUUGAGGUAAGGAAUUUAUGUAGCUACAACGUUACUGUUCAAAUUUGAUACCAAACAUCUGCAAAUCUGUUAAACUUUGAGUUACAACCUGUAAAUAAGGGCCCUUGUAUAAUUAAAAUUCUGUGGAAACAAUGAUUAAGUAUGUAAUUUUGCCUUCAGCACAAAGCAUGUUUUAAUGGUUCUGCCCUAAAGGUAACGUGGUCAUUAAUGCAGGAUUCAGUAUGCUUCCUGGCUUGCAGUGGUAACGUUCGGCACAACGUUGAUGUCAGAUGUGCUGAAUACUUUGUAUAUGUAUUUUCACUUUACCAAAUUGUAAAGUUGGGUUAUUUUGUAUGUGUUGGGGGGAGGGUAAGACACAAUCCCAGAAACCUAAUAAACUGGCUUUGCCACAAACUUA